ACUGGCUGAGGAGAAGAUAUUCACUAUCAAAGAAAAUAGCCCCUCAUAUAACUAUAUAGAAUCCAUCCAACGCCACACCCCUUGCAGGUACAGAGUACACACCCAAUAAAUUCUCAUUUCUAUAACCAUAAACACUUCUAGAGAAACGUUAGUGAACUCUGAUACUCUGCUGCACUCCAUCUGUUAGUGUGUCAGCACCAAAAUGGCAACAUCCAUGGAUUCGAUCAGUUGUUCGAUCUGCCUGGAUCCACUGAAGGAUCCUGUGGCUAUUCCCUGUGGACACAGCUACUGUAUGGGUUGUAUUAAGGAUUACUGGGAUCAGGAUUACCAGAAGGGUGUCUACAGCUGCCCGCAGUGCAGACAGACUUUCAUUCCAAGGCCUGUUCUAAACACGAACACUCUGCUGGCUGAAUUGGUGGAGAGUCUGAAGAAGACAGGACUUCAAGCUGCUCCUCUUGCUCACUGUUAUGCUGGACCUGGAGAUGUGGAGUGUGACGUCUGCACUGGGAGAAAACUCAAAGCCGUCAAGUCCUGUCUGGAGUGUCUGGCCUCUUACUGUGAGACUCACCUUCAACCUCACUACGAAUCACCGACAUUUAAGAAGCACAAGCUGGUCAAAGCCUCCACACAACUACAGGAGAAGAUUUGCUCUCGUCAUGACAAGCUGCUGGAAAUGUACUGCCGUACCGAUCAGCAAAUUAUCUGUUACCUCUGUAUGAUAGGCGAUCAUAAAGGCCACGAUACAGUGUCAGCUGAAUCAGAAAGGGCUGAGAGACAGAGGCAGAAGGGGGAGAAACAGAGAAUCCAGGAGAUAGAGAAAGAGAUGCAGGAGGUGAGACGUUCUGUGAAGUCACUGAAGCGGUCCGCACAGGCAGCAGUAGAGGAGAGUGAGAAGAUCUUUUCUGAGCUAAUCUGCACCUUUGAGAGAAGGUGUUCUGAGGUGAAGGAGCUGAUCAAAGCCCAGGAGAAGGCAGCAGUGAGUCAGGCUGAAGGACUUCUGAAGCAACUGGAGCAGGAGAUCGCCAAGCUGAGGAGGAGAGACGCUGAGCUGGAGCAGCUUUCACACACAGAGGAUCACAUUCAUUUCCUCCAGACUUUGCAGUCCCUCUGCGUCCCUCCUGGAUCUGAGGCCUUACUGAGCAUCACUGUCAACCAACAUGUCUCUUUUGAGGAUGUGAAGAAAUCAGUGUCUGAGCUGAAAAAUCAAAUAGAAGUUAUCUGCUCGGGGGAAAUUGCCUUGAUCUCUGCAAAAAUGACAAAAGUCAAAUUUUUUCCACCCGUUGAGCCCUGUUGUCUCACGUCAUUCAGCACGCCUCAGUCUGAACUGUUAGUUGGUGAACUAGCAUCAUGUAGAAAUGAUGCCACCUUUCAGAAGAUAAGGCCUGAACCCAAGACCAGAGAAGAGUUCUUGGAAUAUUCCUGCCAGCUCACAUUGGAUCCCAACACCGCUAAUAACUGGCUGUGUCUGUCAGAGGGGAAUAGGAAGGUGACGUGGAGUCCAUGGAGUAAUAAGGCCCAGCCUUAUCCUGACCAUCCAGACAGAUUUUCCUCCUAUGAACAAGUCCUAUGUAGAGAGGGUCUGUCUGGAACCUGCUACUGGGAGGUAGAGUGGAGCGCAUUCAAGGCUUAUAUAGCCAUCUCAUAUAAAGGGAUUGGCAGAAUAGGACGUGGUGAUGAGUGUUGGUUUGGAGGCAAUGAUCAGUCCUGGAGUUUGGUGUGUUGUUCUAUCCUUGGCUGUUAUUUCUACCACAAAAACAAACGGACUGCCAUACAUGUACCCCGCUCUUCCAGAAUAGUAGGAGUGUACCUGGACCACAGGGCAGGAACUCUGUCCUUCUACAGCGUCUCUGACACAAUGACCCUCCUCCACAGAGUCCAGACCACAUUUAAUCAGCCCCUCUAUCCUGGGUUCUGGAUUUAUGCUGGAUCAUCUGUAAAGAUACUGAACCAGUGAUUAACUUUGUUGAAAAUACAGGCAUGCUACUGUAUAUGACAUUUACAUUUACAUUUAAGUCAUUUAGCAGACGCUCUUAUCCAGAGCGACUUACAAAUUGGUGCAUUCACCUUAUGACAUGUUCAACUAUCCAUGUUGCAAGAUUUUAGCAUUUUUUAAAGAUUUGAUCACUCUUCGCAAUGUCAGCGCAUAGUUCUGAUAUCUACCUUAAUAAUCCACACUAAUCAUGGGACUGUGGUGACAAUGGUCCAGUCCUCGAGAACCGUUCUCCAGGUUUAAACUGCUACGUAUGGUUUGCGUUCUAUAAUGAUUCAAAUAGGCUACAUGUCCCAAAUGAUUGAACAACUUGUAAUACGUUAGCCUUAGAUGAUGCACUAUUGCUAGCGAUCCUCAGGAACAACCACACGAAUGUGACAGAGGAAAGAAAGUUAAACUAACAAUGUAAUGGAAUGAUUCAAAAUGUAAGGAAAUGAACACUAACGUCAAYGACAGUUAUAAAUUUAUGUGGGUCUAACUGAGGAGACGUCCUAUAGUGGCUAAUAUUUAACACGAUUCAAAUUGUAAAGAAUACUGUGAAAAGUCCGGGCAUAUUAUUAAAASAGUCUAGAAAUCCUAAAUCAACUGAUUUGGCGCUGUAGUGUCAUUUGCACAUGGCUACAGAAGGCUAUAGCUCGGGUCUCCAAAUUUCAUCCCRUUAUUAGGCCAGCAUUUCAUAAAUGUCACUGUGGAAAAGGUGAUUUGUUGAUAUGCUUCAGUUUGCUGCCAUAUGACUGGUUUCACAUUUGUCUCCAGGGAUCAUAAGGUCAAAUAAAACAAUUGUUAUUGAUGUUCACAAUUCCCUURUCCAAACCACUUACCCACUUACCUAGCUCUUUAUCAAUAGCUCCUAUCAAUUUGUAWAUUACAGAGAAUGGAGAAGGGUGUUAUUUCUAUCAGAAAACAAAUAAAUGAGAUGUUCCACUUGGAA